AUGUACACACUCGCCCUCGCUGCCCUCGUCAGCACGGCCCUGGCCUACCCAGGCGAGGUCCUGCGCGUGCGCGAACUCACCGAAAGGGACAACGGUGCCGAUGGCUGCCCUCACUACCUGCCCGCCGGCCAGUACGAGAAGCCUGCCUACAUCACCCAGGUCUCCAAGUCGCAACCCGACAAGGCAUUCGGACCCAACUACAACGGCAUCUUCACCCCCAACGACAUCUCCUCGAUCUUCAGCUUCGACAUCCCCGCCGAGCGCGCCGAUGCCAACUGCACACUCGAGUUCCUGUUCCCCAAGAGCAACGACUACAGCUACUCCGGUGGUGGCAGCUUCUUCUUCACCGGUUUCAACCCAGGUAGCUGCCCGGGCCCUUGGACCACGUACAACGACCCCCCUGCGCCUGGCCCAUUCCCAGCGUUCCCUCCCAUCCACAUGGAGCCUGGUAAUUUGUACACCAUUGAUGUGGGACCGUGCUUCGUCGCGGCUGGCACCUGCGCUGCUGGCAUGACUGGCACCAACGAUACCAACUUCAGCUUCAUGGAGAACGAUGGCGGUUGCCCGAUCGGCAUCUACACCGAGUACAGCUACGGCCUGCCCCCUGGGACACCACCAUCAUCAUAG